UGAGCAUCUCUCGGACCUCACCAUUGUCUUCCUCCUGUGUUAUCCUUUACACCAAAACACAACAGUUGAGAAUGGUGGCCUGUUCUAGUCCUUCAUUAAUCCCUUCUUUAUCUCUCCAUUAAUUCCUUCUUCAUUUCUAUUCUCUAUACAUUAAAUACACUCUCUCUCUCACUCUCUCACUACACAUCAGUUGUUCACAUCUGGUAUAGCAUUUUCUAGUGGUGUUACCAUGCCGGGUUUGGUCUCAGUGAAAACUCCACCGGAAGCACCGCCGUUGCGCAUCACAGUUCCCGAUGAAAAUCAACCCCAGAUCCGACCCAAUACAGACAGAUCCGAACCAGUAAACCCAAAAACGACGUCGCCAGCUCCUCGCCGACCUCCCUCACCCUCGCCAUCUACUUCACGUGCCAAACCAUCACCAGAUCGGAGCUCUGGCAAGAAAAAAUCCCCGGAAAAAGUAUUACUUGCCGAUGAAUCAUCGCUCGACAACCCCGAUCUCGGUCCGUUCCUCCUAAAACUCGCACGUGACACAAUUGCCUCCGGCGAUGGGCCCGCCAAGGCCUUGGACUACGCGCUUCGAGCCUCCAAAUCUUUUGAGCGAUGCGCUGUGGUUAAUGAGCCGAGCUUGGACUUGGCGAUGAGUUUGCACGUUGUAGCGGCGAUUUAUUGCAGUUUGGGGAGGUUGGAGGAGGCGAUUCCGGUGCUCGAGAGAGCAAUUGGGGUUCCGGAUGUGUCGAGAGGUGCGGAUCACGCGCUCGCCGCUUUUUCGGGGUAUAUGCAGCUCGGUGACACGCAUUCGAUGCUUGGACAGCUGGAUCGGUCGAUUGAGUGUUAUAAAGAGGGUCUCAAGAUACAGAUGGAGGCUUUGGGGGAUACGGAUCCCAGAGUUGCUGAGACAUGCAGGUACUUGGCUGAGGCUCAUGUUCAAGCAAUGCAAUUUGAUGAAGCUGAAAACUUGUGCAAGAGAACCCUUGAAAUCCACCGUGUACACAGUCCACCGGCAUCUUUAGAAGAAGCAGCUGAUCGCCGAUUGAUGGCCCUCAUAUGUGAGGCUAAAGGAGAUUAUGAAUCAGCCCUCGAACACCUUGUACUUGCCAGCAUGGUGAUGAUAUCCAAUGGGCAAGACAAUGAGGUUGCGGCUAUUGAUGUUAGCAUCGGAAACAUCUACUUGUCCCUGUCCCGCUUUGAUGAGGCUGUCUUUUCCUACCAGAAAGCGCUCACUGUCUUCAAAUCAUCAAAAGGUGAUAAUCAUCCUUCAGUUGCUUCUGUUUUUGUACGGCUUGCUGACCUAUACUACAAGACAGGAAAGCUUCGUGAAUCCAGAUCCUAUUGUGAAAAUGCCCUUAGAAUUUAUGCAAAACCUGUGCCUGGAACCACUGCAGAAGAGAUUGCGAGUGGGAUGACUGAAGUUUCGGCUAUUUAUGAAUCUUUCAAUGAGCCUGAUGAGGCUUUGAAACUGUUGCAGAAGGCAAUGAAAUUGUUGGAGGAUAAACCAGGGCAGCAAGGUACAAUUGCAGGAAUAGAAGCACGGAUGGGAGUGAUGUUUUACAUGGUUGGGAGGUAUGAGGAAGCACGGGGCUCUUUUGAGAGUGCUGUAUUAAAACUUAGGGCCAGUGGUGAGAGAAAAUCAGCCUUCUUUGGGGUCGUGUUGAACCAAAUGGGAUUGGCUUGUGUACAGUUGUUCAAGAUAGAUGAGGCUGCUGAGCUGUUUGAAGAAGCAAGGGCAAUUCUGGAGCAGGAAUGCGGCCCAUGUCAUCAAGAUACCCUUGGAGUAUACAGCAAUCUUGCAGCGACUUAUGAUGCUCUGGGAAGAGUUGAAGAUGCGAUUGAAAUUUUGGAGUAUGUUCUCAAACUGAGAGAAGAAAAGCUUGGAACAGCAAAUCCUGAUUUUGACGAUGAGAAGAAAAGGCUAGUUGAACUCCUAAAAGAAGCUGGUAGGUCUCGAAACAAAAAUGCAAAAUCACUUGAGAACCUCAUUGACCCCAAUUCCAAAAGGACGAAGAAAGAGGCAUCAAAAAAGUGGUCUGCCUUUGGUUUUAGAAGUUGAUUAAGGAUAUUUUUUCCCCAUUUAUCUCUAAUACCUCCUACAUGCAUAUUCUGUAACAUAGAGGAUUGUGUAUAGGGUUAACUUUGAAUCUGGUGAGGCUUCUUGUUUCUUGGGCUUUCCAACCUCCUUUGUCAUUUGUUUCUGUUGAUUGUUUUAUUGGUUCUCUGUAUGUGAUCAUGAAGAUGUUCACUAACAGAAGUUUUUUUUCCUCAACUUUUUCGUAUUAAGCAAAAGAGUCUUUCACUUGAGUGAAUAAAUUUGUAUGACAUGGUUGUUGGCUGUCCUCAUAGUUGUUACCCUUUGUUAGAUCACCAUCAAAUGUCCUAAAAGUUUAAACGUUUGAGUUGUUAAAGAAUGAUGUAAC